UCUCCAACCAUUUUUACCUUUUUGUUCUAAUUCAUCGUUCAUAAAAGUAUGAACUAUAUGUAGAAUGCCUGGUCCAUGAAUGGGAGUGUGGCAAGGAAAGAUGAAAAUAUUUGAUGUCUGGUACAUAUAAUAUUUGAUGAAAAAAGUAUGAACUAUAUGGAGAAUGCCUGGUACGUAUAAUAUUUGAUGAAAAUAUUAUAUGUUGAUGUUCUUUAACCGUUAUUAGGAUUCUUAACCAAGCUUUUAAUUGUAUUUAUAGAAAACUGUAGCUUCUCAUAGAAGCUAAGAACUAACUAACUAACUACAGCUAUCAAUCAUGACAGGUACAUACAGAAUCAACUAACUACUACUGAAACGUAGUAACUAAAACGAAAUCUAAACAGAGACUAACUAUAUCACUAUUAUUCUCCCCCCUUAAAUUCAGACUAGUGAUGAUUUUUCAAACUACUUCUAGUUUAUCUCUUAGUUCAGAGUAUCUCUGUUUAUGUAGAGCUUUAGUGAGAAUUUCAGCAACUUGGCUCAUUACUUGGAACUUGAGAACCAGCGAGAUGAUUUUGAAACUACUCUUAGUUCUGAGUAUCUUUGUUUAGAUGGAGCUUUAAAAUUUCAGCAACUUGCUCAUGACUUGGAAGAUGAGAAACAGCAAGAGUCUGUUUGAACCAAUUGUUUAGAUUUGAUUUCUUUAUAUGAAGGAUUUAUUUUAGAGAUAAAGGGAGACAUUAUAGUCCAUUACCCAUUUGAUGUGGCAUGUGGUGUGGGGUUAGAAGUCCUUGGACUCUCCUCUUUAUCACUAUCUAACUUAAAAGUGAGUUCUUCAUAAAUACUUUCGUCACACUUAAUAUCCAUUUUGACCAGGAGAAAGAAACCACAAAAGGUAGAGAAAUAAGAGGUGAUGUGAUAUGAAAAGAAGAGAGUGAUAGAAAUGGUAAGUGAGUGCAAAUGAGAUGAAAAGAAAGUGAAGUGUGAAUGAUUAAUAACUAUUUAAUUAAAUAUGAGGGUAUUGAUGAUUGUCAUCAGUAUAUAAAUCUCUUGAUUUUCUUGUUACAAUAUAAAGUUGCAUAAUCAGAAUGAAACAUGACUACACUUGCCAUGAAAAAGUUGGAGAUGGCAUGGUAUUCUCUUGAUGACCCACCAAAAAAAGUGUUUCGGAUACAAAUGUCAGCCAAAAUCAACUAGUAAGUGUGUGUUUGGAUAGCAAUUGAGUGUUCAUCUCAAUCCAUGUGAAGGGAUGUAUUUACUUUUUUGUCUUGAAGUGCAUGCUAAUGUAUGCUUGCACAGAUGUUAACGGAUGUUGAAUAUCUGUUAAGAUUUAGUUUAUUAUGAGUCUUAUCUCAUGGAGAUAUAGUUAAGAUUUGUUUAUCUAUUUUAGAUUAGUAUCUAUUUAAAUAGAGAUGAUAUCUAUUUAAAUAGAGAUAGGUUUAGAUAGAUUUAGUUUGUUUUAAUCUCUUUGUUAGUCUAUAUAUAUUGUAGUCUAGUCAAGUAUUAUGAAUGAAAUACAAGUAUUAUUUUAUCAAAUUCAAGUUGGUAUCAGAGCUAGUUUUGAUCCCUCCGCUGUGAGGGGGCUCCUCCCCCGUGAGCCCCCUCAUGGUGACUUUCCAAAUCUCUUUGGAUUUAUUUUUCUUACUUUGCUUCCGCUUGUUAGUUCUAGCCGUUUUCUUACGGCCUCGUUUCUUUCUGAUUAUGGCUCCCUUUCUCUUGGAACCCUAGUAAUGUUCAACCACUAUCAAAUCAACGGUCGGUUCGCUGUGCCGCCUUCCCAGCCAUCGUUCGUGAUGCCGCUUCCACAGAAAGGUUCGCCAUGCUCUCUUGAUUCUGUUCCAGCGGUCGGUUUCUCCAUAUCUGCCCUUCUUGCGUGUCGUUUGUGGCCGUGACUCGUGUUAAAGUGUCUGAACCAUGCUACUGUGGAAUUCUGUUACUGUGGUUUUUGCAUCUUUGGGUUUCGUUUGCAAGUUGUUGAUGGAGCAGUGGUUUGGUGGACAGUAGUUAUCACUUUUGGUUACUCUUGGUAGUCUAAACUAGGACUUAAAACUACAAUUGGUGUAGUUGUGGCAAGACACAUGGUGCCCUCACGCUUGUUCUCUUUCCUUUUUGCCCACAUGUUCUCCAGAUUCUAAGAAUUUCAGUUCUCGGUUUUUGGCGGUUCUUGCCCAGAACCGGUCUUCCUCUCCUCCCUGUUCCAUUCCAGAAGUCCAUUGGUCCACAUUGGCAGCAAGGAACAAAAUCUUCUUGCGCCGCGGCGCCAUUGCCGGCCACUCCCAUACAGAACACCGAACACUCUCUCUUUGCUACUGAAACAUUGAACAAGAAGAAUCAUGAACAACGAUAUGAACGAGAUCGAGAAGGAGAAGGAGUUCCUGAACUUCGGUGCUCUGCCUCACGAGUUGAUCGUUGAAAUCCUCCUAAGGCUACCGGUAAGGUCUCUUGUGCGCUUCAAAUCUGUGUGUACUGCAUGGCGCUCUCUCAUUUCAAAUCCCCAAUUUGGUAAAUCACAUUUUGACCUAGCUGCUUCACCCACUCACCGUCUUCUUCGCGAAAGAUUCAAUAAUUUUGAUAUAUCUGAAAUUGAAUCAUUUGAUUUAAAAGCAUCGCUUCACGACGAUUCUGCUGUAGUAAACCUCAAAUUCCCACCCCACAGUGGCACCUAUAUCAAAGCUCUGGGUUCUUGCAGAGGGUUUAUUAUGUUAACCAGUCCAAAACUAGGUGAUCUCAUUCUGUGGAAUCCCUCAACUGGUGCCCACAAAGAAAUUCCAGCCACCUAUGUUGACUGGGAUUCAUGGUAUGACCCUUCAACUUCAACCCAUGUUCGCCGAGGAAUUCCUCCUUAUUUUGCUGGUUUGUUUUUUGAUCCUCUCAGUGGUUUUGGGUAUGACCAGUCGAAGGAUGACUAUUUGCUUGUUAUAAUCCGAUUGGGCGUAGUAUGUGAACCUCGAGUGAAGUUUUCACUGCCUCGAAUUGAGGUUGUAUCUCUGAUAACCAAUGUACCCUCCUUUUAUUAUGUUGAUGUUGAAUAUCAGGAAAUGUUAAUCGGAUAUGAGUCCUUAUGUGGGAUUUUCUUUGAUAAGUCUCUACAUUGGUUGGUUAAAUCCAAGGCUACAUGGCUUCAUGCAGUCAUUGCCUUUGAUUUGGUGGAGAGAAGUUUGUCCGAGAUUCCUCUUUCACCUGAUUUGGCAGCGGCAUUGGCAACUUAUGAAAGAGGUUAUUUGAGGGUACUGGGAGGGUGUCUUAGUGUGUGUUACUCAAGUGGAGGUCGUCAUGGCCAUGAAGUGGCUGAGAUAUGGGUCAUGAAAGAUUAUAAAGUGCAGUCUUCUUGGACUAAAUCUUUUGUUUUGACGAUUCAUGGCCUUGUAAACGACAUGAACUUUUUCCCAAUGUUUUUCACUGAAGGUGGGGGUGUUUUCGGAUUAGAUGAGAGUGGGACAUACAAGAAAUUUGAUGAUGAUGGUGAACUGCUCGAGACUUACGAAGAUAGACUGGGCCGCAGGCAAAGCGCGCUAAGAUAUUUUGACAUGUAUAGGGAGAGCAUACUAACACUCCCUGAACUAGCAGCACUGCCUGAUGACUUUGUGGAAGAAAAUGAAGAUGCCUGAUAUUGUGCAGAUAUUGUUGAUUUUACCCAUUUUAGAGGCUUGGAGCUUAAAGAUGGUAUGGACUUUGGAGUGAAAGGGUUGAAACGAAUCAAGUUGUGAUAUGCAUUGAGCUUGCUUGUAAUUUGAUUUAACCACUUCAUCAUGAUGAUCUAGUGCUGGUUAGAUUUUCUGUCGUAGUUUCAUGAUGUCCCUAAAGAUACUUUGAAGUUUGUAUGACAAUUAGGAUUUAAGACCUAUUGAAUGAGUACUUACAUGAUUAGUUAGUGCUAUAACAGAUUAAUGGACCCUUUGCUUAAGUGGCUAUUGAGAUUCAUGGAAUUAUAUCUUGAAGUUCUUUAACAGUAGAUUGGUCUGCUGUUAGUUCCUACUUUCUCAGUUGAGCCUUAUGAUUUUCAGGAAA